CUCGUAACCAAAAUGUCAACGUCAGUAACUUCUUCGAUCUCCUCGGUUUCUUCUUACCCGACAUACCGACAUACGUGACAGUUAUUGUCACACGGUGCCUUCGGUUAGUAGGUGGUUAGAUUGCUGGCGCUUUCGCGUUUCAUUGUUACUUUUAUUUCGGGGGCUACCCUUUCGUUGGGGAUGCACAAUCUUUUGAAAAUUCCAACAUUGCAAGCUGACAACCCGCCACCGUGGAGAUCACUCUAAAUUCCGUGACGUUGGAAGUUUUCAUUGCCGCGAGUGCAUUACAAAAUCCCCAACGACCUUCGUUUCUACAAGAAAAAAGAAAGUCUUAGCGUGUAGUUUACAUCAUUUUCGUAUGAAAUGGCAGAAACUAAAAGAGGUUCCCGCCACGUCUUUGUCGUGUUGUUUUUGUGCAUUAUUUGGUAUAUUGUGUCAUCGAGCAAUAAUGUAAUCGGGAAGAUGGUGUUGAGUGAGUUCCCGUACCCAAUGACGGUUACUAUGGUCCAACUGACCAGCAUCACCGUCUACAGUGGCCCAUUUUUCAACCUAUGGGGAGUACGCAAACACACGGAUAUGCCGUGGAACUAUUUUCUUAAGAUAAUACUGCCGUUGGCCUUCGGCAAAUUUUUCGCUUCUGUGACGUCUCAUAUUUCGAUAUGGAAAGUUCCGGUCUCGUAUGCGCACACAGUUAAAGCAACAAUGCCACUUUUCACCGUCAUUUUAUCACGAAUAAUUCUUAAGGAGAAACAGACUUCAUGGGUGUAUAUGAGCUUAAUACCAAUCAUAUCGGGAGUCGCCAUUGCAACUGUCACAGAAUUAUCAUUCAACAUGGUCGGACUGAUAUGUGCACUGAUAUCUACGAUGGGUUUUUCGUUGCAGAAUAUAUUUUCAAAAAAGGUUUUAAAGGAUACAGGAAUUCAUCAUCUUCGACUCCUACACGUAUUAGGUAAAUGGGCUUUAAUUAUGUUUCUGCCGAUAUGGUUCUAUGUCGAUUUCUCAAGCGUAAUUCAGCAUAACGCAAUGAAAAAUGUGGACUACCGCGUAAUUGCAUUGCUGUUCGCUGAUGGCGUUUUAAAUUGGCUCCAAAAUAUUAUUGCGUUUAGUGUGCUUUCAAUAGUCCCGUCGUUAACUUAUGCAGUAGCGAGUGCGUCCAAAAGGAUAUUUGUGAUAGCUGUUUCGCUAUUUAUCCUGGGAAAUCCAGUCACCUGGGUAAAUGUGUUUGGAAUGACUUUAGCUGUAUUAGGAGUUCUAUGUUAUAAUCGGGCGAAACACCACUCGAAGCAACAAGUAGCCUUGCCAUACACAAAUAGUGAAUGGAUCAAGUAUAAUCCAUUGCACAAUGCUGAGAAAUUUUAUCAAAAUGGAAAGCCAUAUCCGAAUGGGCACCUGUCCAAUGGCUACAAUCACUCGAGCAAUCUUCUUUUCAACAAUAACUCAAUUCAUCCAGGUGCAAAUAAGCUGCUGUUUGUGUAGUAAAAUGAAAGCGAUUGUAUGCAUGGAUAUUAGUUAGUAUAAUUUUAAGUGAUAUUUCUAGGAAAGUACAGUAUUUAAUACAAAAUACGUUGGUAGGGACUUUGCAGGAGUUAGAUUGUGGUCAGUCAUCGAAUAUUAAUGACUCGAUUUUUAUGAAAGUUAUGUAUUACUUGCUAAGAUAGCUUGCGGCUUAGUAACUAGGUUUAGCAAAGCAAAUUUUAUUUUGAUGAUAUUUAAAUGAAGCCAAUAUUUUUAUAUAGUUUAUUUAUUUAGAAACAUUUAUUCUGGUUUAUUUGCUCCUAAUCAAUGUGAACAUUUGACAUGUUAAUGGUCUCAACGAGUGCGUGUACAAUGUAAAGAUGAUAUUUUCAAAAAGAUAUGUAAAUAGUAGUGGAACUAUUCAAUGUAAGGCUGCUGAGAAUUUCAACUUGCUAAUAAACCUUAGUUUCUGUAAUUCAAAUCAGAAAAAUUGUAAAGAUUUUUUAAAUACUGGUUGGGACAGUUAAUACAAUUGUAAAUAGAAGCGGUGAUUUUUGUAUAGUCAAAAUGUUCAAUAAGAUACGAAAGACUUUCUAUAGAAUUUUUCUGACGAGUAAAAUUCAUUGUAAUUUUCACUAAAAAAUAAAAAUAUUCGAACGACACUUAA